AUGAGUUCUAUUGUGUUCGAAUUGUUUCAGUAUUUGUGCUGCUGUCGCGGCUUUUCUGAUACAACUAUCAGAGUAAAUGAUAGACGGUAUAAGAUCCAACGGUUACUGGGAGAAGGUGGAAUGUCGUUCGUGUAUCUGGUGCAACUAUUGAAGGGCUCUCUCAGUAUGGAGAACAGUGCUGCUACAGCAGAAUUGUACGCACUGAAGAAGAUAAUUUGCCCCAGCGUAGAAAAUAUAUCCAAUGGUAUGCGAGAAAUUGAAAACUACAAACGAUUCCAAAGCCCUUAUGUUAUUCAAAGCAUUGACUCUCAAGUAAUGCAGGAGAAGGAUGGAUCGAAGACAAUCUACAUAAUCUUACCUUACUACUCAUUAGGAAGCUUACAAGAUUCGAUUAAUCGUCGGCUGCUUGAGGGUACUUUCAUUUCAGAAGCAGAGUGCGUAAGGAUAAUGCUAGGAGUGACAAGAGGUUUACUUUGCUUACACGAUCCGGCAUCGAGACAGGACAACGUCACUACCAGAACGACUGUUGAUACUAUAUCCAUGACUUAUAGUGAUGAAACGGCGAUGCUACUAGAAGAUACCCCAUUAGAAAUGGAUAUGCUUUCUUCCAGUUCAGCUGGUUUGAUAGCAUAUGCACACCGUGAUAUCACACCCUCAAACAUUCUAUUCUCUUCUGAUGGAUUGCCAGUAAUAGGUGAUCUCGGCUCUUGUUCCCAAGCAGACAUAACGAUUGGUAAUAGAAAUCAGCUCAGCGAACUACAAGAAUGGGUCAAUGACAACUGUACAUUGCCAUACACUGCGCCGGAACUUUUGAAUUUGAAAUUGAAUCAGGCGUUGAGUUGUAAAGUGGAUAUUUGGUCCAUGGGUUGCACGUUUUAUACAUUGAUGUUCGGCAUUUCCCCUUUUGAGCGAGAAGAACAAAUACAUGGAGCUUCUUUAACCUAUGCGAUAAACACUGGAAAGUAUAGUUUCCCCAGGAAUUCCCGGUUUUCUGAAAGACUUUUGGACGUUAUCAAGAGAUGUAUUCAAGUCGACCCUAUACAAAGGCCUACAACCAGCCAAUUAUUAAACCUUCUACAAGAUUUAGACAGUUGA